UAAAGAUGGCUUCGUCUGAUUUAAGUGAAGAGCUGAUCUGUUCUAUUUGCCUCUGCACAUACAACAACCCAGUAAUGCUAAGAUGUGGCCAUAACUUCUGUAAGGUCUGUAUAUCUGAUACAUUUGCCAGGAAAAGAAGAUCUGGGAUUUACUCUUGUCCUGAAUGCAGAACUGAGUUUAAGGCUUAUCCUGCCUUGCAAAAGAACCUGAAGUUGUGCAAUAUUGUAGACCAUUAUCACUCUAUUCAAGAGAUUCCGCAAGAAAUGGAGACGCACUGUACAUAUUGUUUGCCCUCAAUAGUGCCUGCUGUUAAGACCUGCCUACGUUGUGAUGCCUCAUUUUGUGAGCUUCAUCUGAAGAACCACAGUAAGUCUGCAGACCACAUCAUGAUUGAACCCAUUGGUUCCCAUAAGGACAAAAAAUGUCCUGUCCACAAUGAACUCAUAAAAUAUUUUUGUGUCCAAGAUUCUUCAUUGCUGUGUACUAGCUGUACUAUGAACUGGAAGCACAAAGGCCAUAAGACAGAGCUGCUGAAUGAGGCAAGUGAGAAAGAGAAAGAACGACUGCAAAAGUUUAUCAAACAGUUGUCUUCAAUAACAGACAAAGCAGAAAAAAGAUACUGGCAGGUAGAGGAAAACCGUAACAACAUCCAGCAAAAAUCAGCUGGUCUGAAAAAAAGGGUCACCAGUCUUUUUGGAGACAUCAGAAGUGAAGUUAAUGAUCUUGAAAAUAGAGUCCUUGAAGAAAUCACUAGGCAAGAAACUUGCUUAUCUGGCUCAUGCUCUGAUCGCAUUGAAGAGAUUGAUAAACAGAUACAAGAAACAUACAGGAGAAAGCGCCAAAUCGAUGAAGUAUGCAAAAUCACAGAUCCGCUGAUGUUUUUGAAACAAAGCAACGUAAGUACUGCUGUUGAGCAAGAAUCACCAUUUUAUACUGAAAACCUGAAUGAAGAGUUAAUAACUGUGACCUUGGUGAGGGCUUUGAACAAGCUAUCUGAAGUUAUUCCUGAAGUGAAGAAAAAGUAUGAAUUUAAUGUGAUAGACUCUUCUGAUAUGAUCCUGAAUGUCAACACAGCAAACUCUUACCUUGCUCUCUCAUUCGAUCUAAAGAAAGCCAUUGAUACUGACAAAGAAAAAUCAAGGUCCUUUCACCCUGAAAGAUUCACCACUCAGCAAGUUUUAGCCACCAAGAGGUUCAGUUCGGGAAAGCAUUACUGGGAAAUUCAAACCAGUGACUGUGGAGAAUGGUGCGUUGGUGUCACCUAUAACAGUGUCAAGAGAAAGGAACAUAAUUCCCUUAUCGGAAGAAAUCCCAAAUCCUGGUGCUUGAACUGGUCUGAUGAAGAACUUACAGCAGAUCAUGAUGAUGAAUCACAUUAUGUACACUCCUCAGUAUCCGCACCAAAUGUUGGAAUAUACCUGGACUAUGAUGGUGGGGUCGUAUCCUUCUAUAAGUUGUCUGGCUCGGUCCAACACCUAUACACAUUUUCUGCUCAUUUCACUGAACCUCUUUAUGCAGCAUUUUAUUUAAAUGAUGACGCAUGGAUUAAAAUUGCAAAGUAAAAAAACUGGUGUUGAAGAAAAAGCAGGAGCUAUGCAAUUCUAACGUGCUAAACUAGUACACACCUUAUUAGCACUAGAUGUUUAACCAUUCCCUUAUGGCUGAUUUUUUUGUCUCUAAGUAUGAUCUGCAGUAUAAAUUAUUGAUUAAUGCAAUAUCUUGAUUAUUGAGAGUUUGAUUUAUUUUUUUCAAUCAUUUAUUUUGAUAAGGGUCCAGUGUGUAUAAAAGAUUUUAUUUUUGGAAAUCUUUCUUUUUUAUAAUCUGUAAUGCAAUUUUCUUUGUAAUUUUUUUUUUUUUUUUGUAAGAUAUUGCCUGUCCUAGACAGAAAUUAAAAAAAUACCCUACUAGGGCAUUCUAAAGAAUUAGAGAGACCCUCUAAUUAUCACACUGUAGUAAAAACCAACACGUUUCAUUUGGGUAUGUGUAGUGCUUUAACAGUGCAGAACAUUGUACAAUGUUUUUACCAAUAAGACUUUAUAGGUAAAUCCAGUUUAAUUAAUAAGAGGCAGGCAAAAGAAAAUAGACCAGGCACUGAAAGGGUUAAGGCACUUAGUUAGGUAGCCACUAAAAUCAGCCAUUAAAAGCUGAAGCGGUCUAGUUAUACAGGUCGAGGGGGGUGCUCAGUGUCAUAAAUUCAAGCAGUAUAUGUCCAACAAUGCACAGAAGAAAAAAGAGACACGUC